UACUUGACCACAGUCUUGGCUUCUCUGGGACUACACAAAUAGCUACGUCGCGCUUCUUAGCUACAAAUACACAAGGGCAGAACCUUGAUCAUAUGCAUUGCAUUGGAGAGCCAUGCCUCAUGAUAAGAACCCACGUCUUCUCAAUCCGAUAAGCAGCACCAGGGAGAGCGCCAGUAACAAUCAUGCAGAUGCUUCAUGCUUCAUGAUUCCCCAGCGAACUAAGAAUAGGGAGAUUACAUUCCAGAUUAUGUAUGGUCUCGAUGCCCGCCUCGUCAUCAUGAGCUGCACCCACUCGAUGGCCAUGCAGAUGGGGGCCAGACAAGAUGAAUCUCAUAAUCCACAUGAGAUUAGACCCCGCCCACCACGUAGUGGUCGCCGAGUACAUAGGCAGCUGUGCUGGAUCAUGUUAUAGCUAUCCUGAGCAGUAUCAGCCAUAAAUGGUGAUUCCAGACAACGUCGGCUAUCAUAGCUCGAUGGUUCUGGGAUUAGCUGCCAAUGUCAGCAUACGGAGUACAGAGCAACCAGUCGCGCCGCGGUCGGCACUGUCGCGUGUCGAGCAGCUCACCGCCUUCAUUUUGUGUUCAAACUCCGCACCUCCGAUUUGCGACGCCGAGAUCAAGGGACUCUUCAUGACAAUAAACCGCGCUGGACUGGGGUUUUCUAUGAUCCAAGUUGCCGUUUGAAGUUUUUCUCAUUUUCCAUCGAAAUUAGUGAUUCCUAAAUCCGUGAAUUGACGGAGCAGCGCUUCCCUGAGCCACCAGCGGAGCCAUCGCGUCAAAUCCGUCAGAAAUCCCCCAGGUUUCGACACUGACGUCUCAAGAGACCACUUCGAUCGCACAUCUCUCGUCGCAUGAGUGUCGUUAGCGCGCGAUCCGUCUGAGCUUGAGCGUGGCAUAUCAGGAAAAAUUCACGCACGUCCCAUGAUGCCUCUAACCCUCAUCGGAUUUUAGUGCAUCUAGGUCUCUGCCCGCGCCCUCUUCGCUACGAACAUAUCCUGAACCUGUUCGACCCGCUGGACGUUCAACAGGGCGCACCAUAUCAGUGUUCCAAGAGACAACCAAAUACUCUUUGGCCUUGUAUUUGCCCGACCUUGGCUAUGAUAGCAAAGAUGGACGGGCCAACGGGGGCAAACCAGACAAACGGGACCGAUACAACUGAAACGAUGGGCAAUCCCUAUGAAACAAACCCAGAUCGAAUCCCCCACGAUGACCCGUUUCUCGCGCAAAAUGCUCAAUACGGUCGAUAUACCUCACACCCCGAUGAUUUUACCCCUCCCGACAAGCACUGGUACCAGUCUGAUCCCGAGGCAAAUGCGUAUUGGCAGAAAGUUGCGCAAAGGUUUUGCACCUCGGGGAAUUCACUGAAUGUACCCGGGUCAAGGGAGGCAUUCGCUGCAGGCAGUGUAAUCCUCCGGGUCGACCGCGAGUCUGCCGAGGGCGCAGCUGCCGAGCGAUACUCGUGCGCGAACGCGAACGAAUUAUCCGCAGCGCGGAAAGUCGAGGAGUCGUUGAGGGAGAUUGGAGUUGCGGUGCCGGUGAUAUAUUUCUGUGGGACGAUUGAAGGCAGGAAUGUGACGGUCGAAUCUCGAAUCCCCGGUGUGUCACUGGAUGUUGCAUGGCGAUAUCUCAGCUCGGAACAGAUUGAGGUCGUGAAGAAUCAAUGUCGCCAAAUCAUGCUGCACCUGACAACCAUCGAUCCUGUCCCCGAAGAACCUUCCUACGUAUGCCGCGGACUCAAUUCACAAAAGCUGCCAUCAACGGAGGAGCAGGAGCGCGAUAUACUUCUUGCGGCGCGGAAUCCGGAGGAAGAGCUCAGUCUCACGCAUAACGAUCUCGUUCCGGCCAAUAUCAUCGUGAAAGAUGAUCGCAUCGUGGGCGUUGCUGGCUGGCGACAUAGCGGGUACUUUGGCCUCGAUCGAGCCAAAAAGGUACACCGACAGUUCAGGAAUUUGGAACCUCGCCAAAAGACGAAGGAUGGGAACACGGCAUGGAUUGAUCUAUACGACGACGCUUAUGACCCGAGUAAGGGCAUCCCCUUGGUCCCUAGCAGAGAUGCUGUGCUUCCACUUGUGAAAACAGAGCCUACUGGUUCAACACUGGAUAGGUUCCCUGUCAGCGAUGAGCUAGAAACGAAGUCAAUGGGCUGGGACGGGACAGGCGACUACCUGACGUCAAAGAAGCUCGCAGGUCUCAAGACCGGCAUUACUUCGCGCGCUUCUUCAACGGACCGAUCCUCUCCCGCACUGUCGGUCAAGCCAACCUCAAACAGGAAAGCUGCGUCAGCCGCUACGAAAAAAGGCACUGCAAAGAAGCCAGUUGCGAAGAAACGCAAGGUGAACGAUGCCGAUGCCGACAGCAUCGAUGGGCGCCGAUCAAACACCCCGGCAUCUCGCACUAGCAAGGGCCCUGGGAAGAAACAGGGUUCCGUUUCUAUUGCAGGAUCCCCGGCGCCUGAUGACAAGAAGAGGCGGGGCAAGGAGCAACUGGCAGACGAAGACGACGAGGACGUCGAAGAUGAGAAUGAACUGUUCUGUAUCUGCCGGCGACCGGACAAUCAUACAUGGAUGAUUGGAUGCGAUGGGGAAUGUGAAGACUGGUUCCAUGGCAAGUGUGUCAAAAUCGAUCCGCGAGAUGCAGACUUGAUCGAUAAAUACAUAUGCCCAAACUGCAGUAAGCGCGAUAACGGCUUUACAACAUGGAAACCAAUGUGCCGCCUCCCCGAGUGCCGCAAACCGGCUCGCGUCAAUCGCAAGAGCCCGAGCAAAUAUUGUUCCGAUGAGCAUGGUAGGGAAUUCAUGCUUCGACAAACCCGCCAGUUCAAGCUGGGACCUGCUCGAAAGGGCACCGAAGACUUGGGCAGUAUGGGUGGCAUCCUCACCCGGGGAGAUCUUAGAGCCGCGAUCCUGGGAGUAACCUCGGUGCAAGAGUUCCGGAAAUUGGGCAACCAGAUAAUUUCCACGCCCCCGGAAAGCAGCCGCGGUAGCCCAGCGUCUAACAUUAAGAAUGAGACGAAAACAUCAGCCGCUGAUAAGCUGUUUGAUGUCCAUGCUAGUGGCGUGGAAUACUCAGCCGACGAGGCAGCGAAGAUAGACAAGCUUCGCCAACGACGGGAUGACCUCCUUCAUCGAAAGGAGAUGCUCGCAGCUCGUUCGACUUUCGUUGGGCUCGUGCGCCAGCGAUCCAAGGCAGUCGUGGAAAGACUCAAGCAGAAUGAGCCAAAGGGUGGAUGGAAGGAUAUUUGUGGUUUCGAUUCGCGACUUGCGUGGGCUGACAAGGAAUUCGACGAGUGGCGACUCUCCGAGGCUGGCAAGAAGGCGCUGGAUGAAGGCACCCCCGAAGCCAUGGCAGCCAGCUAUCCUACCACGACUGAUGCCGACGGUGACAUCGCGAUGGACAAUGAUGAAAAAGAGGAUGCGAUGGCUGUCCUGACUCGGGGUAUCUGUAUCAAGAAACGCUGCGAGAGACAUAAGCAGUGGGUCAAGGUGCAACAGCAGGAUAUUGUCUUCGAAGAGGACGCAGCCGAGCAGGACCUUAAAAGAUACGAGCAAGAAGCUCGCUCCGUGGCAGAGCGUGCUGUGCUCAGGAAAUGGGCUGAAAAGGAGAAUGUUCCCUCCGUGGCCUGAUGGCAAUGAUCAGCAGAGCUCUGUUUCACACGUUGAGGACUAUUCACUCAUUUUUCGCGUCCGCCAGAGUGAAGUCGAAUUCGAUUUAGCAAGGGACACAAAAUCAUGAUACCCCCAUUCUCUAAUAAUGUAAAAGCGGUUGGUGGAUCGGAGUUGGUAUCCAGCAUUGCAAAACGGGCGCUUUGCGUGGGCGGAUCUGGUAGCAUACUUAUAAAACCUUUGCAUCUUUGCGUAUACGAGUAGCCCCGAUAUUGCAUCGAAAUACAACGACUGUGACCUUUUCCCGAUGAAGCAGCACCUCCUCUGUGUAGAAGCUCAUCGUUUGGGAGACCAUAUCCCCCAUUUCCCGAGUCCAGUGCCAAUUCGAUCCUUGAUGACCUCGGCAAUCUGUGUAGCUUUCACAUCCGAGAGCAAGAUGUGUGUAUCGAUCCCCUGGUCUAGGGUUCUCAUGAGGAGAGUAGAUAGCAGGGAUGUCCCUGGUAUUUGGAAGAUGGAAUGAAUACCAUCGUCGCCUGAUGGUCUUGCGUCCUCAUCAUUUGGUUUCUUGGUUUGGUUUAGAUCCGGUAGCUGGUUAGAAUCGAAAUGGACGGUGCCGAGGCCGCUUGUAUUGAUGAGGAUGAUGGAAAGCCAUGAGGCAUAUGCCCGAGCCAUGCGGGUUAGAUUUUGCUGCGUGGCUGCUAGUAAGGCUGUUCCUCGAACGGGGUUUGAAGCUCGAAUGACACCUUCAGCAAGGGUGUCGAGGCCAACCACGAUUAGGAUGACGGGUUGAGUGGGCUCCGCGGGGUUGUCUCGAUGCUGUGCUUGUCGCUUUUCUUGAAUCUCUUGGAGUGAUUCUGAUACUUUGCCGAUGGCUUGUGCGGCAUUUGGAAGUGUUUGCACUGGAAGUAGCUGCACUGUGUCAAGAAGUUGCAGUGCUUCUGCUCUUGAUAGGCCUGGCUCCCCAGAAGGAGAUUGCAGUGCAUUGAGCAGGAGCCUCGGGGCCAAGGCGUCAAAGUUGCUUGGAUAAAUGAUGAACGCGGUGGGCUCAGAAGAGUGAGCAAUUCUCAGCAAAUGAGAUGUGAGUAGGAAACGAGGGAUCUAGGAUGUGUUAGAUCAUGCUUUGUAGACCGUUAUACGAUAUGGGGUGUCCUACCUGCCCGAUAUACUCAUCGGUAUCCUUGCUUCUAGAUCUCAGCCUCGAGAACCCAAUGACAGCACCGCAGCGGAAAAUUGCAGAGUUGUUGAUUUGAAUCCCAGUAACCCAGUCAUCUUUCAGAUUCCAGUGGUCAUUUUGUCCUGCGUCAUGUACUGGAUUCCGCGUAUCCGUGAUCUUGGCCUCUGGCUUGGUGAGGAGAGAAUGGGCCAGAAUAGGAUAAGCAGGUUCCGCGGUGUAAACACUGGGAGCAGAGGCCAUUGUUUGCUCGUCCUGAUAAAUUAUAUCAACUUGUUGUUGCCCCAUGAAAUUCCAAAAUGAUCAUCAAUCUGUUGGACUGAGAGUUGACGAAGGAG